AUGCCGCAACAACAGCUGACAAUCGCAAGUCCGAAAACAGAAAAGAAAGACGAGUCACACCACCACGACCUCUCGUCGUCAUCAACAACAGCGACCACAGUUGGUGGUGAUACUCCCGUUCAGCUUUUUGAAUCGAUGGCAUCUGACUUGGUGCCAUCACAAUUCCAGGAACAUUCGUUAGAAACUUCAUCAUCAUCAACAGAUACCACCUACUUCAGAAUGAGCGAGAGAGGUCUCACAACGACGACGACCGUGUCUUUAACGUCAUUGUCAUUACCCAAUCAUAAUAAUAUUGACAGCAACCACACUCAAGAAAUUCCGUCCAUUCUUCCAAUCACUCCAUUGGAGAACACUCUUUCAACGACGACGACGACGACUACUCUAUCAGCAGCAGAUUGCACGACGAUGGACACCACAUCCAUUCCAAUUACUUUGCACAAUGAUGAUCUCAACAACAUGACGACGAAACAGAACCCUACGGAAUCAAGAACAACCACAACAACCUCAAGUUCAUCAUCACCCUCUCAGCAACAACAACAAGAAAAUCCAACCUCCUCGACGAGCCCUCCUCUGACACCCUCUCUUCUCCAAACAACCACAACCACACACAACAGCAGCUUCGUCGUACCACGACACCACACCCAUCAUGGCUCGAUUGGAGAAGAAGAAAAGAGUAUUCCGAGCUGCGUGGUUGUUACUACUAAUAACAGGAGGAGGAAUGAAGGAGAAGAAUUAGAGGAGGAGGAGGAACAAAAUCUCACUCCAACCAUACGAAUCAAUCGUACACUGAACGCAUGUCAUAAUCAUUCGACCAAUAAUAAUGAUAAUAAUAACAACAACAAGAACAACAGUAAUGAACAUAACAUGAUCCAAUCAACACCUUCAACCUCUUCCACUACAUCAUCCUCAACUCAUCUCAACAACACAAUGAUGAGUCCAGUAAAAACUCCUUCCGAAGAGAAGGUACUCUCGGGGAAGGUCUUUAAGCAUUUGGCGAAUUAUCUCAAUCAUGUACACAAUAAGAAGGAAGCAAUUGAAAGAGAAGCUCAAAUGACGCAUCAUACGAGAGGCUCAUCACCCUCUCAAAAUCCCACAACACCACACCCAUCCAAUGGUGUAUUAUUUCAUCAUCACCAAUCUCAUACAUUAUCAACAACAACAACAAGAACAACAACAUCAGAGAAUACUACUCUUCGUACUCUCUCACCCAAGCCAUUGAGCGAGUUCACAACCAAUGGCAAUACUGCAGUUUCCUUGACCUCUCCUUCUACUAGGUCAACCACUAAAAUCUCUACUCCACAGCAUUCUUCCUCUCUCAAAUCAUCAUCAUCAACUACUACUACCUCAUCCACACCUCAAUUUUCUUCUUCUUCGACGACCACAAAUAUUAAUCACCAUCAACAACAUCAUCAUCACUUUAUUCCAACAAGCCUUAACAGUGGAAACAAUGUAGCAAUCAUUAACGGAAGGAGAGUUGUAUUGAAUUUUCAAACAUCUACUUUGAAAUCAUCACAAUCAUUUCUGAUGCGUCCUUCUUCAACAUCCACUCCGAAUAAUCAAAAACAAGCUGUAUCAAACCCUAAUUCCUCAAGAAGUGAUCCCUCCUCGCCGACGGCUGUCGACCCGAGUCCUGGAAUUUCUCGAAACCAUUCUGACACGACCUCACCAUCUAACAAAACCACAUUGAUACAAUCUCCUUUUUCAUCGAAUUCACGUGAAUCGUCGACAGAAAAUUCUUCACAUGACACAACGACAACAACCACAACUAGUGGUUCAACAGUUCCAUCCAUCUCUCCAAAUCAUUCAUCAAACAUGAAUAACGAAACAGUGAGUAAUGAGGACCAAUUUGUAAAUACAUUCACUUCAUCACAUGAUACCAAUCUCACGAAUGCUUCAUCCCCAAAAAACACCAAUUUUGUUACCCCUAAUGUUUUUCAAAACUCUGACCUAGAUCAUUCAAGUCCUUCCAAGAUCAAUAAUAACGAGUUACUCGAGUUACUCGAGAAUGGCAGUAACACUUCACCGUCAUCACCGUUCCAACAACCAUCUUCUUCAAAUUCUCCAACUCAACAUCUAAGCAGCCUUUUCAAUUUGAUUGCCAACAGCUCAAAAGCCUUAAAAGAAGCACACACAACCAUCAAUUCGCCAAACAGUACGUCGAACCAAAUUUCAACAUCUUCACUAUUUAACAAGUACAGACAUAAUAGGAGCAAAAGUAAUGGACAAAAUCAUGACGGUCCAAAAGAUCAGAAAAAUUCAGCUGAUUUUUUAACCAAUGCAAAUAAUAAUUCGCCUCCAAAAAGACAACCCUUUCAUUUGGAUUUCAAUAACAAGUCAAAUGUAGAUGAUAAUGUGGAUUUCACUCAUGACAUGUUGUCAGUUCGAUCUAUUACCAGCGUCACAAGUUAUGUUGAUCAAGAUACUAUAACGCCCCGUGCAGAUAACAUUAAUUAUGGAGCUUUUGGUGGAAUUGUUGGUAUUGGAUCAUCCAUCACUCAACACGUAAAUGAAAAUGUUGGAAACAAAACACCAAGAAGAAAAUUAACACAACCAAAUAAUCCUUUAACACCUAGGUCAUCAAGCAAAACAACACAGAAACCCAAAUUUCGAUCUGGACGGAGAAGCAAUUCUUUAGCUGCCUAUGCUGCAGAUAACAAUAACUAUUUUUUUUCACCUGAAAACAAUGGCAGUGAAUUUAUGAAUCGAAAAGAUACUGCAGCAAGUGCUUCGUCUUCCUCUGGUUCUGAGCCAAGUCUUUUUCUUGAUGUAAAAGCUUCCUCAUCAAUGCACAGAAGCGCAUCUAGCGAGAUACCGACCUCGUUACAGAUUUCACCAGUCACACCAACAAAAUCUCACAUUGGAAGACUGGCCUCCUCUCCUGCAGGUGCUAUUUCCUCAGCAAUGGCCCGAGGAGGAGAAGUGGCAGCCUCAGCAUUAGAUAGAAAUCCCAGAGAUGGUAAAGUAUCUGCUGCCUCUGCUCAGAAAAGAGAUUCUUUUGGCGUUGUCAUUCCAUCAUCGCCUCUGAAACAAGUGGUGUCAUCCCUCUCAUUUUACCUCCCAAAACUCACACCUUUGGAUGAAGUUGCAAAAAAUUCAAAUAUUAUCAUUCAUGCUGUAAAGAGAGGAUGUAUUGCACUUUUGGAAUGUGUGCUAAAUGACACUAUUGUCAACUCCGUUAGAGACAACCACAAUGGAAAUUCACUGCUUCAAAUCGCAAUUCAACACAACCAAGUGGAAGUUGUGGCGUUUUUAUUAAGCAAAUACGAUGUCAAUUUGAAUCACACGAACAAAAUUGAAGGAACAGCUCUUCAUACAGCCUCCACAAAAGGUAAUUGUGACGUACUUACUCUUUUAUUGACUGCUGUCACAAAAACUGGCUCUAAGAAAAUGGAUUGGGGAAAAAAAGACAUUUAUGGAAAUGCUGGUAUUCACUUAGCUUGUGAAAUGCAUGAUGUCAAGGCUGUAGAAACUCAAAUAUUACUCGGAGUUGCUCCAACUCUAAAGAAGAGAGACUCCGGUGUCACCGCACUUCACAUUGCUGCAACCAAAGGUUAUUAUGAUAUUGUGAGAUUAUUAAUCUAUUUUUAUUCUGAACCAAUUACCUUCGCCAACAUGAGAGACGACAACGGUAUGACCGCCUUAAUGAGAAGCGUGAUGAGCAUUCACUGCAAUGACACCAUGGAAACGGAAGAAUUCUUUGAGAGAUAUUACCCUGCUUAUUAUCCAAAUUCCGCGCUAGGAUCCUUUGAAAAAUUUAUUCGAACUCAUUCACGAAACUGGAACAAGGAUUUGACACAAAACGAACGAGAAAAUUAUUUGAAAGUAUGGGCCUUUUUAUUGAAUGAGAUUGAUUACAACGCAUGUUGCACGACCAAAACCAAGGCACACGGUCUCAAUUUGUUCCAUUUAGCAGCAAUUGCCAAUAAUGCUGUAUUUUUGUCAUUAUGUGCCAUCUCCUUGCCUGGGGAGAUUUAUCAGAAAUUAUUCCUUGAGCAUGACAAGUAUGAAGGUUUUACUCCCCUUCAUGUGGCUUGUUGGUACAACAAUAUUGAAGUUGUGCAAGUCUUUUUAUCGAUUGCUACCGAAAAUGUUAAAAAUAUCCAAAAAAGGAAAUCCAUCAGAGAACGACGAAGAUAUACAGAUUUUGAUUCCUAUGAUCGAGAACACCCUUCAGAUUCAAUGGUAGAUUUACCAAUCACCAAGAAGAAGAGUGAUUCUGAAUUAUUUUCCAUGAAUUUUCCAUCCAAUUCUAGCAUUGCGCAAAAUAUGGUGGGAAGUAGUGAUGCCUCCCUAAUUGCUGAUUCUUCCAAUGAUAGUCACACACAUUUAACAAGUCAACUCCGUAUUCACAUUCCUGAACUUUGUUUGAACGUCACAAGUGCAUCUGGAAGUCAAUCCACACCUACUCCUAGCACUCCAGGAACUGCACGUAUCCUUAAAGGUCUUGAAAAACUUUCAAAUUUAAUCAAAACACCUCGAGUGAGAAGCCCCAACAGCAAUGAAGUUGUCUCUUCGAGAAAUACUACACAUCAAACACCACCAAAAACACCUGUCGAUGAAAGUGGAGCAAGUCAUAGCAGCAUUGACCAAAAAUCUGCAAAAUCUGGUUUCAGGUUUUUCAAGCGUUCUCGUCCGAAAAAAGGAGCUAGAAUUCAUCUCGACGAAUUACAUGAACAAGAAACAUUACCAGUCGUAUUCAAUGAUCGAAAGAAUAUGGAUCCACACAAUUUCCGUUAUCCCAUCGACACACCCAACUUGUAUGGAGAGACUGCAUUAUUUGUCGCAUUAGAACGAUUCAAACUGAUAUUAUUGGAGGAACAAGAAAUUAGAAACCCUCUUCUUCAAAAGAUGAUUCUUGAAAACAAACGAAAGCAUCAAAACGAAUUGAAGAGAGAAUACCAAGCAACAUCUACACAUACUAAUGAACCUAUUGCCACCUCUGCAAACUCUCCACUGGGAAUUUCUGCACACUCCAUCUAUUCUUCUCCAUCUUCUUCAGAUAAGAGUUCACGUUUUCCAAGCUUCCGUCGAUUGAGUAGUGUUCACACAGGUUCUUUUAACAUGGAUAAAUAUUGGGAAGCUUUAUAUUCUCGCCUCACCUCCAUCGAUAACAUUGUUCACAUGUUGAUUGUGGCCAAGAGUUGCAUGAAAACAAAGAGCACUCGUCACAAAGAUGUCACCAUGCCACUCAUGGUUCAACGAAUUGUGGAUGAAGUUGAAAAAUUACCAGAUGAAGGAACCAAGCUCUCUGAUAUUCACAAUCACAUUUCAAUCAAGUAUACACUUCUUUUGAAGCAUUACAAACAUCAUCGAUAG